AUGUAUCUUUGGCGUUAUCGUAAUGGUUUCGGUUGUUUGGGCUAUUUCAUUGGAUUACUCACAUUCCUGUGGGGAUUUUUGCUCAAUCGAUCUGAAUUUCUUCAUGUCUCUGUGCUCAACCGGUCGGAACCGGUUGAACCCCAUCCGAAGGGACGCGUGAUAUUUAUCGUGGCCGACGCAUUGGCUUACACGUUUGUCCGACCGGAUUCGAACGUGUUGGGUGAUCCCUCUCGAUUUCGAAUGCCUUUUGUAUCCGAUCGAUUAUCUGCUCAUCGAAAUUCGAAACAAAUGCAAUUGUUGCGAUUUAUGGCGGAUCCACCGUCUACGACACUGCAACGCUUAAAAGCUCUUAUGACUGGCAGUAUGCCCACUUUUGUCGACGCUGGCUCCAAUUUCGGCGGUUCAGAACUGAUGGAAGACAAUCUGAUAAAACAAUGGCAUCGAGCCGGCAAACGUAUCUUAUUCGUUGGAGAUGACACAUGGACUGGAUUGUUCUCUUCGGAGUCCCGUGGAACCUUUUUUUAUGACGCACCUAAGGUAUCACAUUUUUGUUGUGUGCGAAUCGAUCAGGAACAGUUUACAAUCGUAUUCCUAACCGACGAAAUGUAUAUCUCUCUUUCCGUUCAAGGCACGGAUUAUAAUACGAUGGCACGGAGUUGUCUCAGGAGCUUGGAAAUGUAUAUACGCGGACGUGAUCAAACAUUUUCGGCACUAUAUCUCUGCUCUGCUCGACCAACUGAUUGUCGUUGUCUAUGCUAUUACGUGUUUCCCUCAAUGCGGGACCUGCAGUUGGUUUGGUUCCUAUCAGGCGGGGGGCCGUGCGAAUAA